CCAGCACUAUUUAUUUCUCAAGUAGCGCGGAAGCCGAGAAUAGACUGGAAUGUGAAUCCUUGAAGACCCUGAAUUGAUUUAUCUCCAUUUCGGGGGGGUUUCUUUGAGCAUCAAUUUCACCCUCGAGUAAGUCAAGCGCCUUCUGAAGCCACCUACACAUACCAGCAGAUCGAACCGCCGUCGUCCGCCGAGGCUAGCGGGGUGUUGUUCACCAUGGGCGCAUUCUACGAAGAAAUCCCCGAGAAUGUGAUGGAAUGGAUUGUAAAACAGAAAGUAUUCUGGGUCUCGACAGCGCCGCUUUCAAGACACGGCCAUGUCAACGUGUCGCCGAAAGGCGGAGACUGCUUCGGCGUUCCAGAUAGGAGGACAUUCUGGUACAUGGAUAUGACUGGGUCGGGGAACGAGACCAUCUCUCACCUAUCAGAGCCCGGAAACGGCCGCAUUACCAUCCUCUUCAACGCAUUCGAGGGCCCACCCCGCAUCCUGAGGCUCUGGGGCAAAGGCAGAGUCCUAGAAUACGGCACGCCGGCGUUCGACGAGAUCGUGGCGCGCGAGAACAUCAAGACGAUGCCCGGCACGCGGUCCGUCAUCGUCGUCGACAUCCACCAGGUCGGCACGUCCUGCGGAUACCAGGUCCCUUUUUUCUCCUUCGUCGACUACCGCCGCGUGCUGGAGGAGCACUUCAAGAAGAAGGUCGAUCGGUACGAGAACGGCAAGGAAGAGGAUAGCAUGGACCGCUACUGGGCCCUCAAGAACGCCUACAGCAUGGACGGUCUGCCGGGCAUGCGUCGCGCGCUGAAGGCGGGGAAGGAGUACUCUGUUGCUCCCAUUCAGAAGAUGGUCGGCAGGAUGGCUGUCAAGAACGGCGGCUUGUCGAAUAAUGGAGACCUGCACGUUGCUUAUGUGGUCAUUGCGCUCCUCGCUGUCUUGGUCGCUAUUCUAGCCGCGACGCAUCCGGCCUUUGAGUAUUUCCCUGCGCAGAGGCGCAUGCAAGGGCUGUUGUCGCAGGUCACCUCCAUACCUGGUGGCUUGCCGAGUAUCGGAGGGCUACACUUGUAGGCCCUGACAUGAUUAAUUUUGUGGUUGGGGUGAUUUAUUUCUUCGGCUUAAUGUUUGGCUUGUGUUCGUUGAAGUGUGAGUAACGAUAAUGAUUGCUUUUAUUGACAGAGCAGUAGAGAACAACAUCGAAGCAUGCAUUAUUGAGCAUUGAGAUCAUGACCUGGUUCCGGUGAUAUGGACAUUAGUCACAUAGAUAAGUAUGCACGGGCGAUACUUAACACCCGGCGUAAUAUUCCGUAGGUGCCGAGGAGCAACAACGUCGAUAGGUCACGAUGCAAAGAUAUCAAGGAACGUGGUAGCUUUAUUAAUUACUAAGCUACAAAAAGCACAAAA